CGGGAAGCCUCCAAUUCUUCCCCCAAAUCCCCCGCUACUCCCCGCUCCGGCUCCGUCCACGACUACGGCGACGAGCACCGCCCCCAGCCCCCCCACCCACGCCGAUGUACUCCCACCUCCCCGCCGGGGACUCCGACUCCGAGGGGUCCCUGAUCUCCGAUGUCUCCGCCUCCCCGACCCGCGUCCGCUCGCCCCCGCCCCGGCCGCCGCCCGAACCCCGUCCCAACCCCAAGCACACCGCCGCCGUGAAACCCAAGCCCAAGCCCAGAGCGCCCAAGUCCAAGGCGAAGCCCAAGCCUGCAGCAUCCGCCUGCACCGCCGCCGCUUCGCCGCCUCCCCUCCCCUCCGCCGCGCUCUCCGACCCGCACGGUCUCGUCUCGCGCAUCGCCGCUGCUCCCGCGCUUGUCGCCGCCACCAGCACCGUCUCUUCCUCCUCCUUCCGCCGUCUCGUCCAGUCGCGCAACCCCUCCUUCGAUCCAGCUGUCGCCUUCAGCGCCCCGACCCCCGCGCCCACUCCGGCGCCCACCGAGAUAGCAACCGCAGCGGCAGCGCAGUGCCCUGCGCCGGACGCCCCGCCGCAGACGAGGCCCAAGCGGGUGCAUCCCAAUUCGGUGUCGGAGGUGGCACCCGCGGCGGCGGAGGCGGAGCAACCGAAGCGGCCGAGAGGGGGCGCCGAAGGAAACUUUGUGCGGCUCAACAUCAAUGGCUACGGUCGGAGGAGGACGUUCAAGAACGCCCAGGCUAGGCGGCCGACGAAAUACCGCUCCUGGCGGCGGCAGCGACAUGGCGGAGCGAAACCUCAAAGCUGCGGCGACGAGGAAGGGGAUCUUGUGGCUGAAGCUCUGAUAGAGCGGGAGAAGAAGGGGGCAGUAGGUGACAAUGGUGUCCUCGAGGCCGUCGAAGCAGCAAGAGAGGACCCAUCUGAGCAGAAUCUCGAGAGCUUGCUCAGAGUUGUCUAUGGGUACAACUCUUUCCGUGUGGGGCAGCUUGAGGCAAUCCAGAAGGUUGUUGCAGGAGAGUCAACUAUGCUUGUGCUCCCUACUGGUGCGGGCAAGUCACUAUGCUAUCAGGUGCCUGCUAUGAUUUUGCCUGGACUAACACUGGUGGUAAGCCCCCUGCUCUCCUUAAUGGUGGAUCAACUGAGGAAGCUACCUGCAUUUUUGCCAGGUGGCCUUCUUGCAAGCAAUCAGACAAGCGAUGAGUUUCAUGAGACAUUACAAAGGUUGCGUGGAGGGGAAAUAAAGGUGCUUUUUGUUUCCCCUGAAAGAUUCUUGAAUGAAGAAUUUCUGCUAAUAUUUAGGGAUGGGCUACCAAUAUCUCUAGUUGCUAUUGAUGAAGCUCACUGCAUUUCUGAAUGGUCUCAUAAUUUUAGACCUUCGUAUCUAAGGCUCCGGGCAUCACUACUUCGAAGAAAACUUAAUGUUCAAUGUAUUCUUGCAAUGACUGCAACUGCGACAACUCAAACCUUGGAGGAGAUAGUGACUGCCUUAGAAAUACCAUCUGAUAACCUCAUUAAAACAUCUCAAAUAAGGGACAAUCUGCAGCUGUCUAUCAGCACGAGCAAUAACAGACUGAAGGAUCUAUUGCUGUUGUUGAAGUCUUCACCUUUUGUUGACAUGAAAAGUAUAAUUGUCUAUUGCAAGUUUCAGGGAGAAACUGACUAUGUUUCAAAGUACUUAUGUGACAACAACAUUACUGCUAAGAGCUACCACAGUGGACUUGCUAUGAAGAAUAGGAGCCGUGUACAGGAGCUUUUCUGCUCUAACAAAAUAAGAGUGGUUGUUGCAACAGUGGCAUUUGGAAUGGGUCUUGAUAAGAGUGACGUUGAAGGGGUGAUUCACUAUAGCUUGCCAGAAAGCUUAGAAGAAUACAUACAGGAAACUGGGCGUGCUGGGAGGGAUGGGCGAUUGUCAUAUUGUCAUCUACUUCUUGAUUCAACAACAUUCUAUAAGAGCCGUAGUCUUUCGCACAGUGAUGGUGUUGACGAAUAUGCUAUGAGCAAAUUUCUUUGCCAGGUAUUUUCAUGUGACAAUUCAGUGGGGCACAUUUGCUCCUUGGUUAAAGAGUCGACUUCACGCAAGUUUGAUAUAAAAGAGGAGGUGCUCUUGACUGUCCUAACACAGCUAGAAAUCGGUGGUCAGCAAUAUCUCCGUUUACUUCCUCAGUUCAGUGUAACCUGCACACUGUAUUUUCAUAAGACGUCACCACAGUUGCUUGCAGACAAAGAUGUACUAGUUAGAUCAGUUCUGAAUAAGUCAGAGACUAAGGGUGGAAAUUUUGUCUUCGACAUGACAAAGGUAGCUAAUGAUCUGAGCAUCACAGUGAAUGAAGUAUUUGAUCAUUUGCAACAGCUAAAGUUCUCUGGAGAAAUUUCAUUUGAAUUAAAAGAUCCAGCCUGUAUUUACGUGAUCUUAAAGAAGCCAGAUGACUUGAACGCACUAUCAGCAAAUAUCACAAAAUGGCUUUCUGAAGUAGAAAAUUCAAAGAUCAGUAAACUGGAUGCUAUGUUUGAUCUAGCAAACUUUGCUGUCAAGGGGUGCCAAAGGAUUGAUGGUUGUUCUGGCUCCCAGCACACUUCGUGCAUUCAAAAGAAGAUCAUACAGUACUUCAGUAAGAACUACUCCACCUCAGACAACAACUGUACUCAGCCACACAAGAGCAGCCCGUUCUUGCAAGCUGAUAUAAAGGUGUUCCUUCAAAGCAAUUCAUUUGCGAAAUUCACGCCAAGGGCUGUUGCUAGGAUUAUGCAUGGCAUAUCAAGCCCAGCUUUUCCAUCUGCCACCUGGUCCAAGAACCACUUCUGGGGGCGCUAUGUGGAGGUUGAUUUCCCCGUGGUCAUGGAAGCUGCCAAAGCCGAACUAGUCAAAUUUGUGGGAAAAGGAGAGUAACAUUGUAGUACUCAUCGGCACGGGAAUAGGAACAGUUGCCUUCACUAGUUCACUUUGCUGUACCGAGUAGAACGCUUGAAGGCUGCAACCAAUGAUAGAGAGCUACCACAGGCUUGGACCUCCUGAACUGAAGCAUCAGCCAGGUCUGGUCUGAUUGUCUGAAUCCGUGCUGAUGCUGCCAAGUGUCAACCAAAACCAAGUGUCCAGUAAGCAAUGGUGCACAGCCAUCACCCAUCGCUGUAAAGCAAAGGUAGCGAUUGAUGAGGUGGUGUAUGCUUGAUUGUGAAAAUGUUGUUCACCACGGCUGGAGAUUAAAAGCUGUGUGCGAUCAAGAGUUCCAGAUGCUCACCAUCGUUUAUCCAUCACUGCUCUCGGUACUUGGGUUGCUUUACACGGCCACGAUCGAUGAUGCUUGGCCAUUUCAGCGGCCAGGCUAAUUUUCGUGCCACACGCCCUCGGUCGCAAUGCGUUUCGUUAUCAUCAUUGUAUGCCUGCCCAUAAUUUGUCCGGCGUCUGGCUUCACGGAUGGGAUGAAAAUUUAUGAGCUGGUGGAACGAUCAGAUGCACAUCCAAAUCGUUUUUAAUUUGUUUAUGUUGCCUGAACACAUUAGUGCAGCGUUCUUGGUAGUAGUGAGUAAGAACAGCAGGUUAACACAAUAA